GUUGUGUGUCCGGACAAGUUCCUGAGACCACAUCUGAAAACACAACAACACAACUACACCGCUACACUCAACAACAGGAUGUGUGGAAGAACCGCUUGCACUCUGGCUCCGGACGAGGUGAGCCGAGCCUGCUCCUACAGGACCCGGGGAGGGCAGCGCAGGCAGCCCCGCUGGAGGGAUGGAGAUGCGGACAAGUACCGACCCUCCUACAACAAGAGCCCCACCACCAUGAGCCCCGUCCUGCUGUCCCAGAGGCAUUUCGACAAGGAUGCUCCUGUGGAUCAGUGUGUGUUGGCCUCCAUGCGCUGGGGUCUCGUACCUGCCUGGUUCAAGGAGACAGAUCCGAGUAAGAUGCAGUACAGCACCAACAACUGCCGCAGUGAGAACAUACUGGAGAAGAAAUCGUACAAGUAUCCCCUGAAUAAAGGACAGCGCUGCGUCAUCCUGGCUGAUGGGUUUUAUGAGUGGAGGCGGGAGGAGAAAAACAAGCAGCCUUUCUUCAUCUACUUCCCUCAGACUCCGGCAGGAUCCAGUCAGGUGAAAGCAGAAGCUCAGGAUGACCUCCCGACCUCGGCUCGCAGUGAGGAGAAUUCAGAGACGGCUCGCUCUGCAGACGGCUCCUCCCUUGACUCGACGGAGGGAGGGGAGGAAGCACCAUGUGAAUGGACAGGCUGGAAGUUGCUGACUAUGGCUGGACUGUUUGACUGCUGGACACCUCCAGAUGGUGGAGAACCCCUUUAUACAUACAGCGUGAUCACUGUGAAUGCUUCUCCAAACCUGCAGAGCAUCCAUGAUAGGAUGCCAGCUAUUAUGGAUGGCGAGGAGGAAGUCAGAAGAUGGCUCAACUUUGGGGAGGUGAAGUCCCUCGAUGCCCUGAAACUGCUCCAGUCUAAAAACAUUCUGACUUUUCAUCCCGUCUCGUCGCUCGUCAACAACUCACGCAACAACUCUCCAGAGUGCCUUCAGCCUGUGGAUCCUAGCAUUAAAAAGGAGCCCAAACCAACAGCCAGCAGUCAGAGGAUGAUGAGCUGGUUGAAAAGCAGCUCAACCUCUAAGAGGAAGGAGUCGGACACUCGUGAGAAUGAAGAGCAAGAAAGAAAGACAGAGACUCGGCAGAAGUCAACUGGAGGACUUCAGCAGUGGCUUCAGGGAGCCAAUAAGAAACCAAGAACCAAGGAGUGAAAACUGCACAUUUGAUGACCGUUUAGGUCUCAUUAAUUCUACUUGACUGCUUUUAAAGGCAUGAGAAACAUUGUAUGUUUGUUUUUGCUUAUGCUAGUAAAUAUCUUUUAUGUAAUAAAUAUAUGCUUCUCA